AUGAACGAUAUAGACCUAAGCCGUGCGGAACCCGGGGAUCUAAUUUUUCUGGCUAAAAACGAAACCGCGUGCGAUUUUGAGCGAGCCGUUACUGAUGUGGCCUCAUCGCCUUACUACCAUGUGGGCAUUAUAGCUCGGGAUAGGCGAAUUGUCCAUGCCUUACCUCGCGGAGUACUGCACCAAAGUUUGGACGAGAUCCUGGCCGACGCUGAACCUGAUCGAAUUGAAAUUGUGCAUGUAAACACGUCUGGAGCCGCGAAAACUCGGGCGGCAGCGUAUGCAGAAUCGAAAGUUGGCAUGCCCUACAACGAUAUUUUCGCGCCCGAUUGUAUAAACUCCGACGGGGUGGAGUCAUAUUACUGUAGCCAACUUGUAACCGAAGCCUAUCAAGAUGAAGUUGAAUUCCCCGAGCAUAAGCUGAAUUUCAAAGAUGAGCAUGGACACAUGCUAGAUUAUUGGGUGCAGUACUUCGAAGAACGAGGC